AUGACGCGUUAUUUGACUCCCUGGAGAGUCUCCUUGCUGUGUCUGGUCACACUCUACGCUGAUGGUGCUGUGCCUAAUUCUUCAGCUAUCCACGUCCUCUCGUUCAUCACGGCGGGUCUGUUCCCACUAGAUGCCGCCGAUAAGCAAUGGGAGGAGCAUUACCUGCCGACCAUUCAAGACUUCAAGAAGUGUCUGUCCGAACAUGAAAGUUCCAUUCCCGGGCGCACGCUAUGGGACAUGUUUUUGAGGAACAUGUGGGCGAUCGACUCCCUGGAUGCUUUGGAGACUUUCUUCAACACUGAUGUCUUGUCGCUUCUGGAGAAGUCGCGUGAGGAGCUGAUUCAUGCCAGGGAUAAUGGGAUUGUUCUGGAAAAUGAUGAUCGCAUACGUCUGUCGAGGAGCUCGCCGCUGGGUGUAUUCGUCCGGAGAGCUUACCUUGAGUACACGCGGUUGCACUUCCAUGAUUCUGUGAAGCUCUGGACGGGAUUCAUCAAAUAUCGUCUGCCGACAGCUCACUACUGGAGCCGAAGGCAUCGUGGGGCUGAGGAGGCUGCCAUUGAUAUCAAUCUACGUGACCUCGGACUGGAUUCAACCAGCCACCUCUCGCAGGUGGUGUAUGGUAAUCUUGAGGAAAGUAAUGAUGAAGAGGAAAUCAGCGCCAAGGAUGCAGAGCGAUUACUUGAAUUCCAAGUUGGUGAACUGCAAAGGAUGGGAGGCAGGGUUCCGGACGAAAUGAGAGCCCAGCUAAAGCGUAUCGUGACCGCGGAGACUUUCGUUCCGGUACAGAUGCAUUACUUGGGAUAUCUCGACGCCUGGAGAGCUGGAGAUUACACCUCAGCCUUUGAUAACCUCCACCGCUACUUCGACUACAACAUGCACGCGAGCCAUGAUCGAAGCGCAUACCAAUUUGCGCUGCUUAAUCUUGCCGUCAUGCAAGCAGAUUUCGAGUGCUUCAACGAGGCUAUCUCGGCCGUGCAAGAGGCUGUUGCCAUUGCCCGCGAGUCCCACGAUAUGCACUGCUUGAACUUCUGCAUGAGCUGGUUGUACCACUUUAGCAAAUCUUUCCCAGAACAGAUGAGGGACGUGCAAAACAGCGGAAUGCUGGGUAAUGAAAAAGAAGGCCUUGCUUUCCUCAAGGCCAAGGCCAAGGAGACCGAGAUGUGGUCUCUCAUGAGUACCACCUUGCUGAGCGAGGCUAAAUUGCAAAUGCAGCAGGGAGAGAGUCUAGCCGGCAUUGUCGAAUCAUUCGUGCGAGCAUCCCACGUCAACGUGACAAAGGGCCUCGUGGCUCCCACGGGUGCAUACAUGCUGCAGCAUGGCUCCAUGUACUCGAGAAUAGGAGCAACCCACCUUGCCUGGCUGAAUACCGAAGUAUUCCGCGAAUGCUAUGCAGAACGACAAUCAAACGAUGACAGUGUCAAGAUCACAUUUCGAAACUGCCACAUAUUGGCACAAAAGGGUAACUACAAGGAAGCAUCCACAAGGAUGAACAAGAUCGACCCAGAACAACUCCGAACUGCCAGGUACAACAACGCAUGGACUUGGUAUUCAGGGCUACUGCGGUUACGACGACAAAUCUGCCGCGACGACAAGGUAGCCGUGGAACACAUCAUUGCCCAACUCGAGGCAGUACAACUCCUCGAAUUCGACAUGCGCAUCCUUCUAGCCUUCCACAAGAUAGAAUUCACCAUCCGCCAAGGCGACUACGGCCGCGCCCUAAGAAUGGUCGAACAAGCCGCCCACUCCAUGCAACCGGAGAACUUCGACAUCCACUUCCAAGUCAAGCUCCUCUGCCUCAAAGCCCAAAUCCUCGGCAAAUCCGGCCAACCACAACGCGGCUUCUCCCUCGCCAUGCGCGCAGCCAGCAUCGCACACCGCGCAAAACUCCUCUCCACCCUCUGGGAAGCCAUCUGCACGCUCGCCUCGGUACUCCUAAGUCUGCGGGAAUUCGAAGCUUCCGGCGAACUGGUCGAGAGCAUCAUGCCGCAGAUCCUGGAGUCGGAAGACUACGGUCUCAUUGCCUGCGGCUAUUCACUGCUCGUUGAUGCGAAUAUGGGUAUGGCGGGUGAAUUGUGGAGUCUUAAGGGUCGGGAGUCGACGUCUACGAGGAAAGAGCAUAUCAAUCGUGCGCUUGGGUAUAUUGAUUUGGCUUAUGAUCAUUAUGAGGAAAUUGAGGAUAUUAAGGGUCAGACGGAGAUGAUGGCUAAGAAGGCUACUGUUAUGCAUCUUACUGGGGAUCCGGUCUUGGCUAAUGACUAUGCUGCUAAGUAUUUGGACCUGAGGAGACGACGGGGGAUUGAGGCGUGA